CUCUGAUCUCGCAACAUGUUGCUAAAGUUUUUGAAUCUCUUUGAUCCUCUUCCGGCCAAGUAUUCCAGGCAUGAAGACGUUUUCUUGAAGCAAAGGUGCCAUCACGUGACAGAUCCGAAAUCUCAAACGCCAUGACCUUAAGUUCAGCCGGGGAUUCAUCAAAAGAUGAUGUACACCUAGUCUAGGUAAAGCUGUUAAAUGAUCACAGCGUGCUGGCCUAGGUGGUGACUUCGGCAUUUCCGAAGCACAAUCAGAGCAGCGACGUCGUCCCUUUCCUUGAAUGAGAAAGCCUUGUUUGACGAGUCAUAUUCUACGGAUUUGCAAAGCCAAGAACGAGACGCGUUGCUUGAUGCUUUCAAAGACACAAUAUUCAAUCUCAACUUCGAACACCGGAGCAUGCUAAGCCUUCAGGUACGCCUUUUAGGCACUUUGCACCUCGACAGACCCGGAACGUACAUGGGUUAACCUGCGAUUUGCAGUCCAAAUGGAAGGGCAAUCAUGAUUGACGCUCAAUUACUCUACGCCGAGACUGCAACAGCUUACGCGGCUAUGUGCCCCGAGAGUGGACUCCAAAGGUAGCUGGAACACUCGUAGAGAUGAAGGUGAUUGGCAUAGGACACAAGCCUUCGCUAUUCAAUAUAAAUAAUCGUACUUGAUGCACCGUCAAAUUUUCUACGUUCUCGUUAUUCUUGCUGGAAUUUCCAAUGCCCAUCCUGGAGAUGAUCACCGCAGUGAGCUUAUGAAGCGCGCCGAAUGGCUCAACCAAGUCGAGCGCCGUGAUCUUUCUCACUGCGCGGAAAAGCUGAAGGCUCGAGGCGUACAUGCUAGAGCACUUCAACGUCGGAGUGCUCUUGCAGACAGCCGACGCACCAUGCGCAGCCUGCCGUCAUUGCCAUACCUUAAAGCUCGGGAUCUUGAUUCAGUUGUCAAUAUCUCUCAUCACAGUUCUUUGACUGGUCUGACUGCCUCCUCGACCGACGAAACAAUCUUCAGCGGAAAUAGCUCUUGUAUCCUGAAUCCAGAGGUGACGGAAGGGCCAUAUUAUGUUCUUGGAGAACUUGUCCGCAAAAAUGUUACGGAAGGAUUCGCAGGAGUACCUUUAACCCUCGACAUCCAAAUCAUCGAUGUGAACACAUGCGAGCCAGUCCCCGACAUAAUGCUAGACUUUUGGCACUGCAAUAGUACCGGCGUUUACUCUGGUGUGGUGGCCAACGGGAACGGCAACUCUGCUGACUUGACCAACCUCGACACAACUUUCAACCGGGGCAUUCAGAAAGCUGACGACGAUGGUGUGGUGACGUUCGAUUCUACAUUCCCUGGACACUACACGGGACGUGCGACUCAUAUACAUAUCAUGGGUCACAUCGGUGCAACGGUUGGUGCAAACAACACGCUCUCUAGUCAAGGCUCUAUUGCGCACGUGGGCCAAAUCUUCUUCGACCAAGAUCUCAUCAGCCAAGUCGAAGCCGUAGAACCUUAUGCGAGCAACACACAAGAAUUAACGCUGAACGCAGAUGACAUGAUCGCUUCGCAAGCUGCCGAAGACGUCGAUCCGUUCGCAGAGUAUGUGCUUCUAGGCAGCGACAUUAGCGAUGGAAUUCUUGCAUGGACUACUAUCGGAGUGAACGUGACAGCAAACUAUUCCGUUAGUGCGGCUGCCACUAUCUAUGCUGAUGGCGGUGUUGCAAAUGAAAAUGCGAUGGGAGGCGGACCCGACGCUCCUGGGGCCUCCGGUGGACCACCAAAUGGAACAGCGUCCGUUGCUGCUACAGGUGGCGUAUCCAAAAGGACAACAUCGAGUGUAAAAGCGUCGGGAACUACAGCAGCACCGGUGACCGUGUCUAGUUCAGAUGCACAGCCCGCAGCAAAUUGGUAUAACAGGGUAUUGAUGGCUGCUGUCGGCGUUGGCGCCGCAAUGGCCUAG